AUGUCCGGGGACCCUACAUCUCCCGUAUCCCCACUCGCCUCCUUCCCCCCAGACCCGCCACCCGAGCAUCGCAGCCGCGCUCCGGAAUUUUACGGCUUCGCUGUAUUGACCUCCACCUAUAUCCUCUUCUGCAUCUACCUUCUGUGGGCCCUUCUCCCCGACGAAUACAUCCUGUGGCUAGGUAUCUCCUACUAUCCAAGCCGAGAAUGGGCAGUCCUUCUGCCGGCGUACUCCAUCGUGCUCGUCCUUCUAACUUACUUCACCUAUUUCGCGCUCGCGAUAGCCGGCACGCCACGCUUUUCGGAGCAGUGCACGAUAACGGACUCCAAAGCGCACUAUCCGGGCAUGGACGCCCCAAAUGCGUACAUUCCCGCCAAUCCGGGAGCCAUACCGGACAUGUACGACAUUCCCAUCGGCAUGGUCAAUCGUGCCCUACAUGGUCCUCGGGGGCAGUACCGGCAAGAUGCACGACAACAUGCUUCAUCCGGCCGCGCAUCAGGCUAG